GCGUCACUCAAGAUUUCAUCUUCACGCAGAAGUUAACGACGAAAAUGAGAGAGUGUGGGGAGGGUGUGUUACUUUGUUGUGAAAGGUGUUUGGAGCUCUUCAGGGGGAGGACCCAUAAAGCCUGUUGACCGGCAAAAGAGGGAGAAAAAGUUGUGUCAAGUUUUAGGACACGGAGGUGAAAACUUGAUGCGUUCACACCGAAGUUUAGCAGCUCGGACGGGGAAGAUGGCGCGGCGCUGUGGCCGUGCCACGUCUCGGUUUCCUCUAGAAAUACAAAUAUACCCCAGAAGGAUAGCAACAUUCGCAAUUUGGUUAUGUGUUUGUCUUCUUUUUCCUUCUGCUGCGAUGGCUGGACUGUACACCGCUUCUGAUCAAGUCAUCAUAUUGAGUCCGGAAAAUGUGGAGUCGGUUUUGAUCAACUCCUCAGCAGCUGUUCUUGUGGAGUUUUAUGCUUCAUGGUGCGGACACUGCAUCGCCUUUUCUCCGGUUUACAAAAGUUUGGCGAGUGACAUAAAAGAGUGGAAGCCAGCUGUGGACCUUGCAGCUGUCGACUGUGCUGCAGAGGAAAACAGAAAGGUCUGCGCUGGCUUCGGCAUCAGAGCGUACCCCACUAUAAAGUUCUUCCAUGCUUAUUCCAAAGCUGAUUCUACAGGACAUGCUUUUAAAGCUUCCACUCAUGAUGUUCGGGUGCUCCGUCACAGGAUCAUAGACAAACUGGAAUCCCAUGAAGAGCCCUGGCCUCCAGCCUGCCCUCCACUGGAGCCCACCAACCAAGCAGAGAUCGACAGCUUCUUUGAGACCAACAGCGUUCAACACUUGGCUCUGAUCUUCGAGGACACUAAAUCCUACAUCGGGCGAGAGGUAACCCUGGACUUGUUACAGUACGAGAACGUCGCAGUGCGGAGAGUCCUGAGCACUGAGGAAGGUCUGGUAACCAAACUAGGAGUGACUGAGUUUCCAUCCUGCUACCUUUAUUCUCCUCAAGGCAACUUUACCAGACUCAGAGUCAACAUAGAGGCUCGUACUUUCUACUCUUACACCCUCCAGAGGCUGCCGGGGGUGGUGCGGUCAGGGAAGCCUCUACCGGUCACCCCAGACGUCCUCACCAACAGCACAGAGGAGCCGUGGAGACCCUUCAACAGGUCCAGGGUGUACUUGGCAGACCUGGAGUCCACGCUGCACUACUCGCUGCGUGUGGAGGUAGCUGCCCAUACCCUCAUCAAAGGAGAUGCCCUGACUUCUCUCAAGAAGUACAUCUCUGUCCUUGCAAAGUACUUUCCAGGCCGUCCAGUGGUGAUGAACCUUUUGAAGUCUGUAAACUCUUGGCUACAGAACCAGACUGGUGAUGAGAUUUCCUAUGAGGCUCUCAGAGAGAUAGUGGAUAACUCAGCUCAGACUCCAUACACUGCUUUGCCUGAAGGAGUGAGGUGGGUGGGCUGUCAGGGUUCACAACCCCACCUGAGACGUUACCCUUGCGGGAUGUGGAUCCUCUUCCAUGCUCUCACUGUCCAGGCCAAGAAUGCAGGAGGCACCGAUCCCCAGGAGGUGCUGAGUGCGAUGAGAAACUACGUCCACAGCUUCUUUGGCUGCAGGGCGUGUGCCGAGCACUUUGAAAUUAUGGCGUCAGAGAGUCUGGUGGAGGUGAACACGUUGUCGUCAGCGGUGCUGUGGCUUUGGUCCAGACACAAUCACGUCAACAACAGACUGGCAGGCGAUUUGAGUGAAGACCCCAACUUCCCAAAAAUCCAGUGGCCUCCACCAGAAAUGUGUCCUGCCUGCCAUACGGUGAAGGACAACGGGGAGCACAAGUGGAGCCAUGUGCAUGUUCUCCCCUUCCUCUUGUCCCACUUCUCAUCCAGCAGUAUCCUCACAGACUACCUGGAAAAUGAAAGCCAGAUCCUGGCAAAACAGUGGGAAAAACAUGCGAGUGAGCAGCAAGCUUUAGAAGCCCAGAAACGUGUUGAGAGGAAAGCCCGGGAGGCCUUGGACUCAAUGGCACAUCCUCUGCCAUCGCAACCCGCGAUGCAAGAAGAGGAGGAAGAGGAGGAGGAGGAAGAGGAGGAAGAUGGGGAACAAGCAGCAGCAGCACAUGAGAUGGAGGGUAAGGCAUCUGAGACAACCGCCUGGGCCAAGCCUGAAAUAGAGGUGGGUCGAAGCCGGCGGCAGGCCCACAGGAAGCCGAGCAUUGUGGGGAUGAGAAUGCGAGAGCUGCAGGAGGACAUCGUGGAUCUCGACUCAUUUGUCAACCAGCACUACAAGGCCAAGGCGCUGCGGGUCAAACAACGCACCCUGCAGAGGAAGGAGGAGCAGGAGCCCCGGCCUGUGUUUGGGCUGGAGAUGGAGCUGGAUGCAGGGCUGGGGAUGCUGGGCCUGCAGCCUAUGGAAGCAGACUUCGAGCAAGAUUUGGGGCGGCAGAGAAAGCGGCUGCAUAAGCGAGAACUAACAGGCCAGUACUUUGUUGAGGAGGCCGAGUCGAGCCCCAGGGGACGCUGGAUGUCUGUGCUGAGCAUUGGCUUUUCCAAAGUGGACAUCAGCCUGUGUGUCAUCCUUUAUUUCCUGUCCUCCAUGUGUCUUCUGGCCAUGUACCUUUUCUUCAAGACCCGCCUCAGACUACGGCGGGCUAAAGUAGCCCUGCCCUGAACCAGUGUAUCCAAAUUGGAGUUGAGUAAGCAAUGAUUAACGUUAAUUAGAUUCAUGUAGGCUAAGGUCGGGGUUAGUGUAAGGGGAUGUGUCAAGAUUAAGGUGAUCUUUGGUAGGUCCACUUAACUGCUACCUACAGCCAAAGUAUGCAACAGUGUGUUUUACCCUGAAUGUUGUGGAUGAGGGAGAGAAGGGAGUCUUUUGACAUAACACUUAAUCUGGCCUUCAGAGCUUUAUUAGGCAGAACUUCCACUGUGGAAAAUAUGUGCAUAUAGCUAUAUGUAUUUCCGUAAGUGGGUUUCUGUUUGGAGUUUGUGCCUAAGUUAAGGAUAAUCCAUUUUUAGAUUUUUGUUUGACCACUUAUGAAGGAUCAAAUUAAACCCAAUAUGAGAUGAUUUUUUUUUUUAUUUGUAAGAAUUAAAUGCAACCAAUACGUGAUUUGUGUUGCUUUACUGAAAUUAUGGACAUUUGUAACAGUGCAAUUUUUAUUUUUUUUGUUAUAUUUUUUUACAUCUUACAGUAGGACAAAGACAUCCUACAUGACUUCCCUGUGUCCUAUAAUCAAAAUAACCAAAACAUUUUUUUAUUUCAGUCAAAGUUUUUAUAUAUAUUUACAAGUAAAAUAUUUUUUAUCAUUUCAUCUAAAUAGUCAAAUAGGUUAUUCUUCGAUUUUGAAAAACAGUCUGUUGUAUCUUAAAUUACGGUUUUCCCUCCAAUCAAUCACUAAAAGCUUUGUUUAUCAAGUAAAAUUAUCAGGUAAUAAAUUAAAUGUUUCUGCAUUUCAUUUAAUAAUCAGAUUUUUUUAAAAACACCCAGUCCCAAAAAAUGCAUGGUGGGUUUUUAAAGUUUUUUGUUCGCCUGACAGCUGCAUCAUAUUGUUUGAAUACUGUGACUGGACCGGCAGGUCCAAACUAACUUUUACCAGAGAGGAGCGGAUCAGCCUUUUGUUGUUCAGCUCCUUUGAGGUGUCUUACUGUACAUUACACUGAGCGUUACGUCACGUCUUUAAAUAUUACAUCACACUGCUGAGUCCACAUAACAGCUACUCUGGUUGUUUAUGAAGUGCUGUGGAGCGAUGCAUAUGUUCACACUGGACAAGGUUUUAGAAUAAGUAGGAUUUGUUUUUGGCUUGUGUCCAUGAUGUAAAGCCUUGGCUGGUCAUCUCAAAAACACUGUGUUUCUCUGUGUGCUUCUUCACUUCUGUCUGAAUCAAUAAAAUUAUUUUUGAUAAGGA